UAAUAAUGGUCUAUGCUCUGGUUCAAACAACAUAACCUCAAAAUAGCAUUUAUAAAUUUAAAUAUUUUUUAAUUUAAUUGAUAUAUUUUUGUAAUUCUAUCAUCGUAAAUCAAAUAUAUUAUCUGAAACCACCUAUGGCUGAUAAUGGGCCCACGUCUUCACACACUUCAUCAGUUAUCUCCCCCAACAAGCUCUCAAAUUUAGAAUGUAAAAAUCUUUAUGAUUAUCUGAGGACUAGACCCCCAAAUAUUCUAGAGAAACUCUACAAUCAUCCAACAAUAUGUUUAGCUGUAUACAGAGAAUUGCCCGAAUUAGCAAGACAAUAUGUGAUUCGUAUUUUAUUUGUGGAACAACCUGUUCCUCAAGCUGUCGUGGCUUCAUGGGGAUCAACCGCUUAUUUGAAAGAACAUAAUCUUGUUAGUAAAAUACUCACUGAACUUUCAGUAUGGCAAGAGGCUACUAUUCCUGGUGGUCUUCUUGGCUGGAUUUUAUCACCUACAUUUAAAAGGAAUUUGAAAAUAACUUUAUUGGGAGGGGGCAAACCUUGGAGUAUGUCAUCUGCUCUAGAUACAGAUAAUAAAGCUAGAGACAUUGCUUUUUUGGACUCGUAUUCUAUAGAAAGAUGGGAAUGUGUUUUACACUAUAUGGUGGGCUCCCAGCAACAAGAAGGUAUAUCAGCUGAUGCUGUUAGAAUAUUAUUACAUGCUAAAUUGAUGAAACGAGAUGAAGAAGAUGGCAGUCCAGUCAUAACAAAGCAAGGAUUCCAAUUUUUACUACUAGAUAGACAUGCUCAAGUAUGGCAUUUUAUUCUACAAUACUUAGAUACAGCUGAAGAAAGAGGACUAGAUUUGGUUGAAUGUUUGACAUUUUUAUUCCAACUGAGCUUUAGCACUCUGGGAAAAGAUUACAGUACAGAGGGCAUGAGUUCAAAGCUACUUGUGUUUCUACAACACUUAAGGGAAUUUGGUUUAGUCUACCAGAGAAAAAGAAAAGCUGGAAGAUUUUACCCAACUAGAUUAGCCAUCAAUAUAACUAGUAGCGCAACGAACAAAAGUAUUCCAGUUCUUGAGGAUGACACUCAUAAGGGGUACAUCAUUGUGGAGACCAAUUACAGAGUUUACGCUUAUACGAAUUCUAAUUUACAAGUAGCACUUAUCAGUUUGUUCACCGAGCUUAUGUACAGGUUUCCAAAUUUAGUUGUAGGUGUGAUUACUAGAGAAUCAGUAAGACAAGCGCUAAGAGGGGGUAUCACAGCAGAUCAAAUUAUUAGUUAUUUAAAACAACAUGCUCAUGAGAAGAUGUUACAAGAUAACACAAAUCCACUGCCUCCUACCGUAGUAGAUCAGAUAAAGUUGUGGGAAUUGGAAAGAAAUAGGUUGACUUAUCAAGAAGGAGUACUGUACAGCCAAUUUUUAUCGCAGGCUGAUUUCAAUGUAUUAAAGGAGUAUGCACAAACCAAUGGUUACUUGAUUUGGAGUCAUAAAGAGAAGAGAACUCUAGUGAUCGAUAAAAAUUCACAUGAUGAUGUGAAAAAGUUUUGGAAAAGAUACUCUAAAGGAAGCUGAUAAUAUUAUGUUAUUAUUUUUCGAAGAUAAGUACGAGAGCUUUUUGAUAAUUAAUAGAAAAAAUGAAAGUUCAA